AUCCCCAAGCCCACCGCCCAUUUUUCUUCCCUUUUCCUUAUAAAUAAGAGGCCCAGAGGCACACUCCCAGCCACAGCUAAGCCUACCUAAAUUCCCAUUCCCCCCACCUUCUUCUCCAAUUACUCUUCCAUCGCCAAGCCCAAAAACCCAAAGCCCCGCCUUGAUUCCUUUUCUUUAGUUUAAGAAAUGGCGGAAAUGGGUGAGAAAGCGGGCGGUGCCGGGUGGUGGCGGCUGAUGAAGUCGCAGCCGGAGAGGGCGGCGGCCAAGGUGAUGGAUGCGGGGAAGAAGAUGAAGAAGCUGGGGGAAGACGAUCCGAGAAGAGUGUUUCACUCGCUCAAAGUGGGGCUUGCACUCACCUUGAUCUCCCUUUUCUAUUACUUCCAGCCCAUCUACGACAGCUUCGGUACCUCCGCCACCUGGGCUGUCAUGACCGUCGUCGUCGUCUUCGAAUUCUCUGUUGGAGCAACUCUUGGCAAAGGCAUAAACAGGGGACUGGCAACACUGGUCGCCGGAGCUCUAGGCGUCGGAGCUCAUCACCUGGCCUGCCUCUGUGGACACACCGCAGAGCCCAUCCUCCUUGGCUUCUUCGUCUUCCUUCAAGCGGCUGCGUCGACAUUUCUACGAUUUUUUCCGGCAAUAAAGGCGAGAUACGACUACGGGAUACUGAUAUUUAUACUGACAUUCUCGUUGGUGUCCGUAUCGGGAUUUCGGGACGACGAGAUUUUGGAGCUGGCUCAGAAGAGGAUGUCGACCAUCCUCAUUGGCAGCUGCGUCUGCGUGAUCAUCUCCAUCUUCGUUCGCCCGGUGUGGGCCGGUGAAGAUCUUCACAAUCUCAUUGCUUCCAACUUGGAAAAACUCGGCACCUUCUUAGACGGAUUUGGAGAGGAAUACUUUAACACAGUCGACAGUGUUGGAGAGUCCAAUAAGGAGGAUAAGUCAUUUCUUCAAGGCUAUAAAAGUGUUCUCAAUUCAAAAGCCAGUGAGGAAUCCUUGGCUAAUUUUGCAAGGUGGGAGCCGGGUCACGGGAGGUUUAAGUUUCGGCAUCCAUGGCAGCAAUACCUGAAAAUUGGAACUCUUGCUCGGCAAUGUGCCUACCGGAUAGAAGCUCUCAGUGGCUACCUUAACUCCGAGAUUGAAACCCCACAAGAAAUUCGCCAGAAAAUUCAAGAUGCAUGCAUUGAAAUGAGCUCCGAAACCGGGAAGGCACUAAUGGAAUCGGCACUCGUCCUCAGACACAUGACACAAACGUCUUCCGCCAACCCCCACGUCGCCAAUUCCAAAACCGCCGCUAAAAACCUCAAGUCCUUACUCAAAUCAGGCCUUUGGGAAGAAAUCGCGGAAAGCGACCUCCUAGCCGUAAUCCCGGCGGCCACCGUGGCAUCCCUCCUAAUUGACGUCGUUUUCUGCACCGAGACAAUCGCCGACUCCGUUCGUGACCUUGCCUCCCUAGCACGUUUCAAGUGCAUAGACCCAACUGUCUCCCCGGAAAAGUCACAACAGCGCGACUGCGACGCCGCGAAGUCGCUGUCAAAGGCGGACUGCGCUCACGUCGUCAUUGAAAUGGGUACUGGACCGUCGCCGGAAAAUGCGAUUUCAGCGGCACCGGCGCCGGCGACCGGCCGACAAGCUGAAGUGUAAAUAUGGGUACAUAUAUAUGUGAGUGUGGGUGGAGUGUGGGUGGGGUGUAAGUUUAUGUAAGGAGUGCAUAAAAGCCAAACAGAAUUUAAAAAAAGUUUGGAUUUUUGUUCUGGAAAUCUCUCUUCCAUAUACAGUGAUCGAGAGAGAUGACAUGCUUUUGUUGCAGUUAAUAAAUGUUCUUAAUUUUCAGA